CCCUGUUUGUGGGCCUUAUGUCUCAGAAGCUCCAUACCAGAGCAUUCACUCUGCAGUAGUUUUCCAGAACGAUAAGAUAGAAAUGCCCGUCUAUUUUCCCAAAGGUUUCCGAAUAUCAUCUGCUUGGUUAAUUGCCUUGAACCCAGCCGGGCCGCCUCGCAAAUCUUCCAUUCACCGGAAUCUCGCCGCAGAGUAUUUAUGGGGUUGAAAUCAUUUGUUGAAGUUCAUCCGGACUCGCACUUCCCCCUCGAGAACCUCCCAUAUGGCGUCUUCAAGCGCAGCCACUGCUCUGAAGCUCGGCCCGGCGUCGCUAUCGGAGACUAUGUCUUGGACAUCUCGGCGGUCGCCUCCGCUGGUCUUUUCGACGGCCCUUUUCUAAAAAACUGUGACUGCUUCAAUCAGCCUUGUCUAAACAAAUUUGUAGAACUCGGAAGACCGGCUUGGAAGGAAGCACGUGCCACGCUACAAAAGUUAUUAUCGAAGAAUGAGCCAACAUUACGUGAUAAUGCUAACUUGAGGCAACAAGCGCUUGUUCCAAUGGACAAGGUGCAGAUGCUUCUUCCUGUUGCAAUAGGAGACUACACAGACUUCUAUUCAUCCAUAAAUCACGCUAGAAAUUGUGGGCUUAUGUUCCGAGGUCCCGGGGAACCCAUAAAGCCCAACUGGUUCCAUCUUCCCAUCGCGUACCAUGGACGAGCAUCGUCUAUUGUCAUCUCUGGCACUGAUAUAAUUAGACCAAGAGGACAAGAUCGUCCAGUUGGAAACUCUCCUCCAUAUUUUGGACCUUCACGAAAGAUGGACUUUGAGCUUGAAUUGGCAGCUGUAGUUGGUCCAGGAAAUGAAUUAGGAAAGCAUGUAAAUAUUAAUGAAGCUGCAGAUCACAUAUUUGGGCUUGUUUUGAUGAAUGACUGGAGCGCUCGAGAUAUUCAGGGGUGGGAAUGCAUUCCACUAGGUCCGUUUCUUGGGAAGAAUUUUGGUACAACCACAUCUCCCUGGAUUGUGCCUUUAGAUUCCCUUGAGCCCUUUGGCUGUGAGGCUCCAAUGCAGAACCCACCGCCUUUGCCAUACCUCACAGAGAAGAAGCCCAAAAACUAUGACAUUUGCUUGGAGGUUGCGAUUAAACCAAAUGGACAUGAAGAUUCAUAUGUUGUGUCAAGAAGCAACUAUAAACACCUAUACUGGACUAUUCCUCAACAAGUCGCACAUCAUACUAUAAAUGGCUGUAACUUAAGGCCCGGUGACCUUCUUGGAAGUGGCACUAUAAGCGGACCUGAACCAAAUUCUUAUGGAAGUCUUCUGGAGUUGACAUGGAAUGGGCAAAAACCUUUGAGCUUGGGUGGAGAAACUCGCACAUUCUUGCAAGAUGGAGAUGAAGUCAUUAUUUCUGGUUUCUGCAAGGGUGAUGGCUAUAUGGUUGGUUUUGGAACAUGCUCAGGGAAAAUUCUUCCUUCCCCAGCUUGACACUAAAAGGGACGAUUGAAUCUCCAUGCUCUUAGCCUGCAUAAUAAUGUGCUUAGGGCGAUUGGAGCUUCUGUUUCUUUAUAAAAUUUGAGUUGAAUUGAGGAACUAAUAAUUUUCAUGUUUUUCCUUGGAAAAAAUGACUCAUAUAUCAUAAAAAUAAAGAUGCCAAAUAAAAAUGUGACCACUUGUACAUAGUAAUUACAUUACUAAUUCUAACAACUAUGACUAUUUUAAAUUUAACACCAUUGUAACAUGACGGGUGUAAAUGAAGUUUAAACAGGAGUUUUAGAACUCGAUAUGAUAUUUC